AUGCCUCCUCACAGCGCCCGUGGACAACAAUCUAGUGGUGACGACACCACUGCUGGGGCGACCGAACCCAGUGUCGAGUUGGUCGCACUCAACGCGAACGGUGCAAAACCAAAUGUCGCUAGCCAACAAGAUGCAGUCGAAGUCGCAGUACCGACAACAAAGAAGACCCAAGAACCAUCCAAAUCCGAGUUACGAGACCAAGCCAUAAAGGCUCUUUUUGGAUUGGAAGUGUCUUACACGAAAUCCUGGCCCGGCACGCUCGCGGUUUGCAUAUAUCUAGAAGAACAGUUCAAAGACCUUCUAGACGAUAGCUUUAGCGUUAUAUGGAAGAUAAUGGGCCGUGAGAAGCCCCAAGAGUCUUUCCAGGUGUGGUACUGGUGUCUCGCACUGCUGAAGAUUCUGCGCCAGGUAAAUGAAUGCUCAUUGGACUCCGUGUACCGAGGCCUUCUUGAACAAUCCGGCAUACAAGUCAAGGAGAUCAACGAUCUAGAGAAAGCGAGAACAUUACAAGCUAUCUUUGCUGGCAUAUGUUGGAUGUCGCUCGCAUUAGAGCCGAAACUACUGCAAGACACCACAUCUUCCCCUUCCCGUUUCGGCCUCUCAUGCAAAUCUAUAUUGGCAAGAGAUGAAUCUGUUACGACUGUUCAAUUGAAGCAGUAUUCUAGUCGUCCGACCAACAAACUGUUCCGAGGCUUCCAUGAGUUGCUAGCGCAUGUGAGUGGAGAACAGACGUCCCACACCCCGAUCAGCGGCACCAUUUACGAGAGCUCGAUCAAUUUCGACUCGCUAUAUACGAUUGGCCGACUAAGAGUCAAAUGGACCGACACCAUGGCUGCGCAUCUCCAUUGGAACCAGGAAGACCACACUGUGUCCAUCUUUCGUUUCCCUUCGUUCUGCGCAGCGACGAUACAGGCUUCCCAAUUCAUACCUACCGUAGCCGAGGUGCAAGGGGAGCUCUUACCAAGCGAGUCCUACGUCGAUGUGCCGCGGCCCGUCAAGCCUCACGCUCUACACCGCGAGCUUAUGCUCACAUAUCGGCUCUUGUUUGGCCAAAGCGUCCGAUCCCGAAAACUGGUACAAGACCUCCUCAUCCAGGAGAAGAAAGCCGAUCGCGUUGUUGACCCACUUCUGGAGAGGCUAUGCACGUUGCCGUUGUCAAGAUCCUGGGUCGCCAAAUCGCUCUCGCGUCGCAACCAUUUGGAUCUGCCGGCGGCGCUCUUUCCGCAAUCAACCAUCAGCACAAGCAGUGUGUUCAUGGAAUCUGACUCGUACUCCGCUCAGCAUGACUUUCCCGUGUUUGGCCUGCGGCUGCUGGAAUUGCAGAAGUACAAUUUGCGCCAGCAGCCGAGUAGGGCAAGAGAUCUAUGGCGCGACCGACGGAACCCACUACAGUGGUAUACAUUCUGGGCGGUGAUCUGGGUGGGAGGUAUAACUAUCGUACUUGCAGUGUUGCAGCUGGCCGUCGGUAUUGCGCAGCUCUACUUUGCGCCCGGUUAA